UCUAAUAAGCUGAUAUGUAGAAGGCCUUGAGGGUUCGGUUAUGUGCCCAUGUAUUCAGCAUGGUUGUAGUCGCUGCUACCGUUAGAACAAGUUGCCUCUCCUAACUUAGCAGCUAGUAGAUUACUAAUUUAUUCCGUUCCAACUUAUUGAUGAAGAAUGUAUCUAUAGUUUGUCUUCGUGCUUUCUAUUUGGUCGUCACCACUGCUGCUGGUUUGUAAUUUUGGUCUUCUAAGGCACAACGACCUGCAUAUAGAUGCAUGUUGUGUAAAUAAUAUUUACAGUUUUGUAAAACUAGGAAGCUUCACUUUGUCACCGUACCGGUAUCGGAUACUGGAUACUGCCCGAUAUGUAUCUAGUACGUAUCUACCGAUUUUCGAAUUAAAAAAAAGGAAAAUGAAUACCGAUAUGUGAGGGAUACCGAAGGAUACUGGAGGAGGGAUACCGGAAACGCUUCGAUCGAUGAAGGCUGGAAAGGCCAAACGCCCGCGCUCCCUAGAAAGGCCAAACGCCCGCACACAGGCACAGCCCAUCUUAAGUAGGUACCCUGCACGCGCAGCCGCCUCUUAGCUUCUUUGGUCCUUGCCGGCGAUGCUUCAUCUCCUUCUCGCUGGUCGCCGCCCUCAUUGACGAAGUCACAAGGUGACAGGUGAGUCUUCUUCCUCCAUCUCCUAGUCCCCUACGACCUAAUGUCUGGACCUCCUGCUCCAUGGCUGCAGCCUGCUGUUCUACCAACCGGCAAAAGUCAUAGAUUGAUCUCUGAUUAUCUUCCUUCCUCUCUGAUUAUCUUCCUUCCUUAUUUAGAUGCGCUCAUUUUGUGAACCGAUUUAGCGGAUUUGUGAUCUUUUGGACCAUGUUACCAUCCCUUUAUCCUAUGUGAAAUGUUUAAUUUUUAUUUUUUAAAAUUAUUCCCCGUAUCUCCUUUUUUGGAAAAAUAUCGUAUCGCGGUAUCCCCGUAUCACGUUUGAGAUACAUAUCGCCGUAUCUGUGCUUCAUAGUUGUAAAAUUGUUGCUAACUACACCUUCCAUCCUCAGCAAGCCUGUAAGCAUGGUAUUUCCUUAGUUCUAUGGUUUCUAGUUAACUCUUACAUUUUCGUAUGCCCAUUAGCACUAGCUUCCUUACCAUCGUUUUGAGAUUAUUAUGCAGAAAUUUUCAUUGGUUAAGUAACUUAUGUAUUAUCUCUCAUUACAAGGAUAUCACUCUAUGCAAUUUAAGCAAGUGAAAUUGCCACAGGUUACAUAGGGUCUUUUGUUCCUUUUAAGCACAUUUUUAGAUCUUUAUGCUUUGAUUUAUGUAGUUUGUGUGUUAUUCGUUAGUUGCAUAUCCUUGGUUCAACUGAUAAAUGUGAUUUUAGUUGUAUGUAAUCAUUUUGCUACCGCUAUUACAUUUGAUUUUUUUCCUGUUAAAAUAUCGCGUGGAUUGCAAGUAUUUCCACAUCCUAUCAUCAACUUAUUUUAUGUUUGUAACUCUAAGCUGGCACGGACAUAGAGACCCCAAAACAUGCAUGUGGAGCUUUAGUUGUAAUGUUAUCUGUACUUGCCCUACUAAUCUUAUUUUACCUUAUUUUACAGCUUCCAGCUGCACUUGAUUUUUUCGUCUGAUUUCCCUUUUUAUAAUAUUUUUCUGCAUGGUUUAGUUCCGAAAUAUAUAAUCUACUCCAUAUAGUGAAGAUUCCAUGAGAGGCCACUGGAGCUGAUGCCGCUUUGCAGAAUUAUGCUGAACAUGCCGUUCGAACUUUUACCUCUGCUGCAAAGUCUAUGAGGUGCAUUCUAUUAUCAAUUCUGUCGUGGAAAAGCAUAGCGCUAUCUGGGCUGAAGAAUUUAGCUCAUUUGUUUCUUCAGUGAAUUUAAUUCACCAGAAACGUGUCUUCUUAAUGGCAGACGACAUAUCUGACACUAUUUCGUCCCUCAUGGGCAACCACCAGACCAAUGUGGAUGCUUCAUCGAGUCAAUUUCAAGGUCCACUACAUCCUGGUGGUGUUACCCCUGCAUAUCAAGUUCCACAUCGUGGAGUUCUCAAAGAAAAGAAAGCUUUACAGCCUGAUCAAGCCUCCUUAGAUCUAGUCCUAGAUCAGCAGAAUCCUCCUAUUGCAUCUGAAGGUCAAGUUCCAGAGGUUGGUCUAAAUUCGGAGGAUGCUCAAGAAAGUCAAGUCAAUGAGAAUGUGCAUUCUAUUAUCAAUUCUGUCGUGGAAAAGCAUAGCGCUAUCUGGGCUGAAGAAUUUAGCUCAUUUGUUUCUUCAGUGAAUUUAAUUCACCAGAAACGUGUCUUCUUAAUGGCAGACGACAUAUCUGACACUAUUUCGUCCCUCAUGGGCAACCACCAGACCAAUGUGGAUGCUUCAUCGAGUCAAUUUCAAGGUCCACUACAUCCUGGUGGUGUUACCCCUGCAUAUCAAGUUCCACAUCGUGGAGUUCUCAAAGAAAAGAAAGCUUCACAGCCUGAUCAAGCCUCCUUAGAUCUAGUCCUAGAUCAGCAUAAUCCUCCUAUUGCAUCUGAAGGUCAAGUUCCAGAGGUUGGUCUAAAUUCGGAGGAUGCUCAAGAAAGUCAAGUCAAUGAGAAUGUUAGCACUGAAUGUUUAGUCAGCCGGGUCGGACAGCAGCAUACCCAGCGGAAGCACCAAUGGCGACAAGAAACCACGGCAGGAACAAACCACUUAACACUGGAAACCCGGACCACGAACGAACAGCGACACCCCCAAGAUGGUAUUGUUCAUGUCUCUCCUGACCCUACUGAAGACCAAUCUCCCAACUUCUCAAGAGGCAUAUGUUCUAUUGUCGGUGAUGAUCCUUCUCCCAGAGAGAAUACUGCUACUCCAACACCUGCUGAUGCUGAUCUCAUUGGUGGAUUACGCAAAAGAAACAGUUCGACGACCCCGCUUUGCAGGCCUUCAUCCAACCCCAUCCUGAAACGUCGACGGUCCUCCAUUGAAGAUAUAUCCAUGGUCCACAUUUCAGAGGCUGGGGCCCCUCUCAACAACCUCCCACCACUGAUCCUCGCCAAUAUCCUUGGCCGUGUCGCCGACAUCAGAGACAUCGCAGCGUGCCGCCUUGCCUCACGAGCACUCCUCGCAGCUGCUUACCAGUGCCCCCACAUCCGUCUUGACGCUGCUACCCGCACACAAUGCCUUCAGGAAGACAGGGGUGGGGACAAGGGCACCGCUUUCUGGACACUCGCGGGAAACGUCGCAUUGCACCUCGGGUCGCACCUCCGCUCCCUUGUGGUUAACGCGUCCAACGAGCAGGGUAGCGUAGAUGAUGCGAUGUGGGUAGAGGAGGGGAAUUUCGACGAGGCCGAUGAUCUGCAUGUCACUAGUUUAAAGUCCGUGCUCGCAUGGGCUUCAACUCCCGCGGGACCUACCCUCCAGGAGGUGGAGAUUGCAGACUUCUGGAGACAGUCGUGCUGGCGGAAGGUGGAGGCACUCCCUGUCAUCUCCCACCUCUGUCAUAAUCUUCUCAAAUUGGGGCUGAAAAAUGCAUGGCUGUCGGUUGAUGGGCUCAAGAUAAUGCCUAAUCUGACCCAGCUGACGCUUGAGUGCAUUAGAAUCGAGGACGAGAACCUCAGCAAGUUGAAUGAAUGCUUCCCAUGCCUCCAGAUUCUCAAUCUUGUUAGAGUCGGAAAGCUCAAAGACCCCAAGAUAUGUCUUUCUCAACUAAAGACUCUCCGCUGGGAGGUAUCAAGAAAUGUUCGACAUUCUUUAGCUAUCCAUGCGCCUAACUUGGUUUAUCUCGAGUUAAAAUGUUUUCGACCAGAAAUCCUCAUUUUAGAUGCUCCUUCCCUGUCUACUCUGAAGCUGACUAUUGAUAAACUUAGUCCAACCACCCAAGCUGAUGGCCUAGUGAGUUUGAAAAAUGUUUGGAUCGAGUCCCUGGAUCUAGAUUCCCUAUUGCAGCUGUUUACAAAUGGUCGAGAUAUCAAGAGUCUAGAUCUUGAGCUACCAUAUUCUGCAGACUGCAGAGACCUUUAUGAUGCUGUGGAGCCAGACUAUCUUGUUAAACUGUUUGCCAGGAUCAAUGAAGUCAAGUUGUCCCCGAGAUUUUCAUGUGAACUGAUGAGACUCCUAGUGGUGUGUUCGGAUAACUUGUUUCCAAGCUGUUUGGAGAAACUUCUGGUUCAUCUACCAGCAUCAGACACUGCUGAUUGCCCAUUUGUACCAUUGCUUCGGAACAGCGCACCGUUCUGCAAGGUGACUGUUCUUCUCCAUGCUGAUACCAGCAACGCUGCUCGCCAAGCUGCAGCAUCAGAUUGGCCACUAAGGUUUCCGGAGAUGACAUGGCAAUGGGGUACCUGGCAGUAAUCCUGCAUUUACACUUCAUUUGAAGACUGUCCAGAAUCAGAGUCAGCAGUACCUGCGACACUUUUGUCAAUGUAGCAGCGUCUUCAACUAUGUCUGAAGCUGAUUGGUUUUCUAUUUGGCACAUUGUUGAUGGCCUGAUGUAUCCUCAUGUAUAGGGCAUGUUUUGCCGUAGCACUGUGCACAAAUGUUUGAAGAAUAAAACUAUACAUGACAUCAACUAUCUAUGGUUAUCUUACUAGGUUAUGUACAUGUAUGCUGUAUGCAGUAUGGUGCAGAAAUGACAGGGUGAGUAAGCAUGCUU